AUGGAUAUAUUUCUCGAUUUCAUAUCACAGGAAAAGGAGUAUCUACAAUUUACACCAAGAAUUCAAUUGGACAAGUGGCUAGUCGAAAGUAUUCUUAAUACCUUUGAUUCUGAAUGGGAUAGGCUAGUUGGAAGAGUUCUGCUGGGAUUGGAUCGGUCAAGAAAGGAACUGAAACAUCUUGGUAUUAAUGAAGAAGAUGUUACAAAGAAUACUGAAAAGGUAAUUAUGAACAAAUUACCCUUCGAUUGGCAAGAAGACUUUUAUUAUAAUACCAAGACAUAUAUUAAUAAAAAGGCCAUUUACAGGAUUUAUUUUGUCUCCAAUAUUAAAUUGAACCACCUGGCUAUAUUCAUAAUUUUAAAAAUAUAUGUUUUCUCUUAUCUAUAGGUGUUGAAUGUUGUUGAAGAUAUCUCCCAAGCAAAUAUUACUGCCAAGGAACAAGUUGAACUUCAUCUCCAAGAGAAAAUGAAAAGUCUUGAAGAUCAGUUACAAAAGAAGAAAGAUUUAAUUAAACAAAAAGUCACUUGGCCCCAAUAUAUUCUUAAUGAUAUCAAGUCUUCCAUCACAGAUUUGAAAGGAAGAGUAGCAGAUAUUGACAACCUGCUGUCACCUGAAACAAGUGCCCAUAAGCAACGUCUUAAUCAAAUGCGAAAACGUAAAGCAUCUCAAAUUGUGGAAGAAAAGCGUUAUAAACGGAGGAAAUUGACCAAUCAGGGAGCACCAAGGAAAAUUAAUGAUGAAGAGGAGGAAUUCCUAGCAAAAUGCAUAGAAGAUAAAGCGACUUACCAUGGUAGACGGCAUGAUCUGGUUAUGUACACAAAUCGCCGAGUCAAAUCAAGAGAUCUGCUUAAUAUUGCAAAUUAUAGACUAUUAAAAUCGGGAAAGAAGAUGAUCAAAUCUGCAACAACAGUUUACAAUCGUUGUAAGCCAAAGAGUAAAAGAUCCAUUCAAGCUAAAAAGCAUAUUGGUAAAAGUUUGAUGUGUUUUAAAAAGCCACCGAAGGCUGAAGACAAGGACAAUGAGAAUACUCAUUACCAGAGAGCCCAUGUGAAAAACAUUAAAAUGUCAUUGUUCUCAGAAAGUGCAGGAACUGUUAAGGAUUAUUCAUUGCUCCACAGUAUGGAUGACAAAGCAUAUCUGCGCCCUGGCACUGGGGAAGGAUUUGCAGGUGCACAAAAGCGAAAGAUUCUUACAGUUGCAGAUGCAGAAAAGGCAAGAAAGCUUCCAAAGUAG